AUGGGGGAUCCGAGCGCGGUGUGGGGCACAAUUGGCGUUGGGGUGGAGCGGCUCCAUGCUGCACUUCCAGUAAUGAGCAAUAGCCGCGACGCGCUGGCGACCAUCACCAGCUUGAACGACCUUGCCAACGCGUGUGGCGCGGCUGCAUUGCUCUCUGGCCCUGUUCCCUUGGCCGUGUCGAGGGCUUUUGCGGGGCUAGGAGGCUGCCUGGCAGAAGGCAGCGCAUCCCUGAGGCAUCGUCAGCUGCAGCCGAAUUACAAUGCCAGCACAGCGAAUAGGGUCAUGUUCUUCGAGGCACAGGCAAUCUCCCAGGCCUUUGCCAUGAUGCUGGGCCUGCUGGAGAGCCAAGCGUUGCAGCUGGCAGAGGCCGACUGGAUCCGCCUGCUGACGGCGGCAGUCGUGCCGCUGGAGGUGAUGCUGCCGCAGCUGAGGAGCCUGCGGGCGGAGGUGCUGCAAGGCAGCAGGCGGGAGGCCGCCGUUGAGAUGCUGCACAGGCACGUGUGGUGCGCGUCCAAGCCCGUGUACGCCCUGCUCAGCCUGCUGACGCCUCCGUGCGAGGUGAUGCCGUCCCGCGCGGCGGCGCUGCUGGCGGCCACUUCCCUCAAGCCGCAGAAGCUGGCGCCCUGGGUGUGCGCCAUCUCAGAGGCCACCUGUGCCUACAUGACAGUCACCAACAGCUACGUGCCGCCCUACACCACCCUCAUCCCCGUGCUGCGCAACCUGCUGGCUGCCGACACCUGCCCCGGCCUGCGCGCCGUGGUGCAUGCGCAGGCCGAGGUGCAGGUGCAGGUGGUGAGGCUGUGUGCGCGCUGCUUCGUGCUGCCAGAGGCGCAGUGGGAGGCGGCACUGGCGGACGGCGAGCGCUGUAUCAUGCUGCUGGAGGUGGUGGAGACGAUGGCGAACGAGUGCUGCACUGAGGGGCGGCGCGCCUGGGAGGCGGGCAGCAUCCGCGCGGGGCGCGCCACGCUGCUGGCGACGGCGGGCAGCCUGGCGGCGCACCCGCGGCUGGCGGCCGCCCAGGAGAGGCGGGAGCAGGCGGGGCUGAUGGCGGCGUGCCUGGAGCUGACGGCCAGCCUGGCGCAUGACGUGCUGCAGCUGUUUUUGGAGGUGGAGGGGCAGCAGCUGCCGGCCAGCCUGCUGCAGCGCGCGGAGGGGCUGCUGUGCCAGCUGGGCGGCCCCGGCGGCCUGCCGCUGCUGUGCCAGCUGGCGGGGGAGGUGGCAGAGGCGGCGGGCGCCGACGCCGGUCGCGGCGCGGCCGCGGGACGCCGCCCCGGCUUUGGCGGCAUGUGCUGGGGCGAGUUCCCGAUGGAGUGGUUCAACACUCUCAACUCAUGGUGUCUGGUCCUGCCACGCUUCGACUUGUCGGCCUGCAUCCGCACGCCAGGCGUGCAUGCCGCCGCCUGCCGCGCCGCCGAGGCGCUGCUCCGCCUGGCGCCGCUGCUGCCGCGCCAGCCGGCGUGGCAGCCGGGCCCGGGCGGCGAGCGGGUGUGGCGCACCGCCGCGACGGCGGUGGCGGCCGCCGGCGGGGCCUUGCCCUUGAUCCUGCGGCGCGACCCCGACGCGCCCGGGACCCUGGCCGCGAUGAUGUCAGUGGGGGUGCCCAAGCUGGCUGCCGCCCUGCUCGUCGCCCCCUCCACCCCGCCCAGCCACGCCUCCGCUUCGCCAGAGUCGGCGGCUGCCAGCUACCGCGCCCUGGUCACCGCCUGCCGCUACACACACGCCCUGGCGCCCCACCAGCACGCCUGCAGCACGGCACAGGACAGGCGGCCAGGCGAGGCGGGCAGAGCCGGCGCGCUGCCCGUGCCCGUGUCAGCGCCUGACGCGCCCGAGGUCUUCGUGACCGAGCCCACGCUCGGCUGCGUGGCGGAAUGCCUGGACCGGGCGGCGGUGCUGGCGCUGCAGCUCAACGCCGCCAUGCUGCAGCAGGUGCCGCCCGGCGAGCAGGAGCCAUAUGUCAGGUCUGCCGGUGUGGGCGGGCGGAUGGAGUGCUGCCUCCUGCUCUACCUGGCCGCCCUGCCCGCCCUGCCGCGGCUGCCGGCUGGGGCGCAGAUUCGGGCGGCGCUCGAGUGCGGGCGCUGCAGUGUGCUGCUCCGCAUGCUGAACGAGCAGGCGCUGACCCUGUGGCGCCUGCUCCUGGGAGAGGGCGGCACCGCUGCCGUGGCCGGCGUGGACACCCGCUGCCUGCUGGCAGAUAUGGCCUACCGAGGGUUAGAGGCUCACUUCUACAGCCUGCUCCCCACACUCGCCAACUGCGAUUUGUCUGCCUUUACAACCCCGCUGACCAUGCUGGAGAGGGCAGCCGAGCUGGAGCCGAGCCUGAUCGCCGCGCUGGCGCGGCACAACACCCUGCUGCGCAUGCUGGGCGGCCUAGGCGGGACGCUGGCCGAUGUUGCCAGGCCGGGUGGCGAGCUUGCGGCGCAGGCCUUGCCUAUAUACGAGCAGCGGAGCAGCCUGCUGCGCAGGCUGGUGCCCCACCUGCCCAUCGACCCCUCUCAGCAGGACGAGGUGCGGCACUGCGUGGAGGGCUGCCUGGAGGCAGAGUAUGCGCGCAACAGGCGCUCCAUGGAAGUCCUCUGUGAUGUGGCAGAUGCUCAGCUGGCAAAGGAGGCACGCGAGGCAGCCGCCGAGCAGGCCGCCAACGUGCCCCGCCCCCGCCGCCCGCCCCUCAGCCCCGAGGGAAGGCAGCUGGCGGAGCGGAGGGCGCGGGCGCUGGCGCUGCUCAAGUGUGCCAACCCGCGGUGCAGCAGGCUGGAGGGUGCCAGCGAGGCGGCGGCCCCCAGGGGGCGCCUCUGCAGCGGCUGUCGAACGGUGCGCUUCUGCAGCGAGGCAUGCAGCCAGCAGGAGUGGCCGCAGCACCGGGCGGCCUGCAGGCUGCUGCGGGCGCCGCCGCCCAACGGCUGA